AAUGCGGAACUAAAUUUGUGUGCUGCAAAGUGAGUAGUACACCAGACGUAAUAGAGAGACUUGACAAGGCUGGUGGGGUUUGUAUUCACUCCGUCCGCGUUUAUAUACAGUAUACAAUAUCUGUAAGAUUUUCCUCAUCCUUGCGAGAGAGUCAGAAUGACCGAGACCGUUGCAGGAUACGAAAUUACCGGUGAGCUAAAGAGCGGGAGCUUCGGGACGGUGUAUAAGGCUCGCCGAGGGCAGGGGGAGUUGACGUACGCUCUGAAGAAGCUUCGCCUCGGCUCACGGGACACCGACGAUGUCCUGAACGAGCUGCAAAACUUACAAGCUAUACAGAAGGAGGCGAGGGACACCGAGGUCCCGAUCCUCAGGCUGGUAGAGUUCCUACACCAGGACGAUUCGUUCUGGUUGGUCACGCGGUUUUGCGACGAAGGCUCACUCAGCGACUUCUUACUACUCCACCCAGAAACCGACGAAAAUCAAAAUGUCAAGUUCAUGAUACAGAUCUCAGAAGCCUUGAAAUACCUACACAGGAAUGACAUUGUCCAUGGAGGGCUAACAAUGGACAAUGUACUGGUGACCAGUCAGUUCGGAGGCUUUGUUCGCGGGCGAACAGUCAUGAAAUACACCAUAAAGGUGAGUGACUAUGGAAUAGCUAAAAUGAGUGGAGAAGACAUCUUCCUUCACUACUACUACCGGCAUGACACCCCGACUCGCUACUUUACGGCUCCGGAGGUUCAAGACGGCGUCUACACCAAGGAGUCCGACGUCUUCUCCAUGGGCGCCAUCUUUGUGGCCCUGACGGACCGCACCACUCUGAAGAUCGCGGAGCACCACAGUGUCGUACCCUUCAUCAUUCCCGACAUCCCCUUCGGCCAGGCCCUGAACACCAGCCCGUCCCUUCGGCUCUCCGAAGUCGUCAUGAAGAACUUAGGGGAAAACAACAGCCUGAAGGAGAUGGUGGUGGCCAUGUUAUCCACGGACCCGCAGGACAGACCCACGGCGGAGGAAGUGAGCGAGAGGGUCCAGGCUAUCGGGAACGCUACCGGCGCCAUGGCGGGGGUUUUCCUGGGGAUAGCGAUCGCCAUUGGCGGGGCGUUGAUGGGGUUCUGGCCCUUAAGUCUAGUCGGCCUCCUCGGCGGACUCUUGUCGUUUUACCUUGUGAUACAAGGAUAGGAUUUCAUUUUUUUAUUCUGGUCAUAUAUAACUUUAUUGCGCAACAAUUGUACAAGGUACAAAGCAUGGCAUGUGCUGAUACAUAACUACAGCUCUAUAAGGCUAAUCUACGUAAUACAAGGUUCAUAGUAUGGGAUAGAAAUGGUCUUUUACAAUCAUAUGUAUGGUAGCUUUGCUCGCGAGUAAAUGUAGCAAAUUACGUACCAAAGGCGCAUUUCACGCAGUUUUUUUACAGUUUGAAUGCAUGUAAAAUAUUUGUACCCAUGCCUAUGCAUGGGCGAGUGUUCUUUGAAUUUUGAUGCAUGGAUAGUUGUAUGGUCUAAAAUGUCGUUAGGUAGAGUAGGUAGAAUAAUGUUAACUUAGUUACUUCUGUUGUUAACUAAGUUAAAUGUCGGAGCUGUUACAGGUAAACUAGUAUAAUCAAAUGAUAAACCAUUUUUUUUGUAAUAGCGCAAGUAAAAUAA